GCAGGACGUAGAAAAGUAUUAUGCCCGGCCUGAGGUGCAAAAAUGGGCUGUCGAAGAUUACAUGGCCAUGAAUGUGCUGCUAAGCGAGGACUGUUGGAGGCGCCGCUCUGCCACUGUUUUAGCUCCUGGGCGAGGGAGGCCCGGGCCGUGUUGGCAGUGGGACCUUUCCGCCAAGAGCGACAACCACGCCAAGCUCCCAACAUGUCCGUCUUUCUCCCCCUGCUAUCUCCUUAACGGGCGCCUCCGCCUUCUCUUCCCUUCCCCGGCAGGACCCGCCCGCGGUGCGGCCUGUCCCCUCCCUCCUUGGGAGCAGCCGGCGGCUGCAAAGCGGGGAAAGGGGAGGGUCCAGAGCGCUCGACGGGCGCGCUGAGCCGGGCACGGAGCAAGGCUGGCGUCGGUCACAACAGAGCAGAGCCUCCGGCCGCCCGCGCUGCUGCGGCAUGUCUGAGGCUGGCGCGGCCGGGCUUGGCGCUGCCGCGGCAGCAGGAGCAAGCCUUGGGGGCAACGGUGGCGGCGGCGCCGGAGCGCUGCAGCAGGGCUCCCCGUCCGCUGGAGGGUUGCCUGCUUGUGGACCCGCCCGAGCUGUUAUCGCUGCAGCCGCAGCUGCUACUGCUGAGAGCCCUGCAGGAGGAGGCAGUGGAGGUGGUAGUAGUAGCAGUGGCGGCAGUGGGGGGCUCGGCUCGGCUCGUAUCGCGGGGAAGAAGGCACAGCUCCGCUCUGCACCCCGCGCCAAGAAGCUAGAGAAGCUGGGAGUUUACUCUGCCUGCAAGGCAGAGGAUUCUUGUAAAUGUAAUGGCUGGAAAAACCCUAACCCACCUCCUACUCCACCCAGGGUAGAUCUGCAGCAGGCUGUUGUGAGCCUUACUGAAACAUGUCGUAGUUGUAAUCAUGCACUAGCUGCUCACGUUUCCCAUUUGGAGAAUGUCUCAGAAGAAGAAAUGAACAGGCUGUUGGGAAUUGUGUUGGAUGUUGAGUAUCUCUUCACCUGUGUUCACAAAGAAGAAGAUGCAGAUACCAAGCAGGUUUAUUUCUACUUAUUCAAGCUUUUGAGGAAGUGUAUAUUACAGAUGGGGAAACCUGUUGUAGAAGGAUCUUUGGAAAGUCCCCCAUUUGAGAAACCCAGUAUUGAACAGGGAGUUAAUAAUUUUGUGCAAUACAAAUUUAGUCAUCUACCAUCAAAAGAGAGACAAACAAUAGUAGAAUUGGCUAAAAUGUUUCUAAAUCGCAUCAAUUACUGGCACUUGGAAACACCUUCUCAGUGGCGACUAAGGUCACCUAAUGAUGACAUUGCUGGCUAUAAAGUAAACUAUACAAGAUGGUUGUGUUACUGCAAUGUCCCCCAGUUUUGUGACAGUCUACCUCAGUAUGAAACCACACAAAUUUUUGGGAGAACACUGUUGCGCUCAGUCUUUACUGUUAUGAGACGACAACUUCUUGAACAUGCAAGACAGGAAAAAGACAAACUUCCUCUUGAGAAACGAACACUAAUCCUAACACAUUUUCCCAAGUUCCUGUCCAUGCUGGAGGAAGAAGUGUACAGUCAAAGUUCUCCUAUCUGGGAUCCAGAUUUCAUAACUUCCUCUUCUCGAAGCAGCCAACUAGGCAUCCAAACAGUUAUUACCCGUCCUCCUGUGGUAAGAUCUGUUUCAUAUAGUUCAAGUCCUUCAUCUUUAGAACAACCCAGUGGAGGAACUAUGAGUCCUGCUUGCAAGACUGCUUCUGGCCUGGACCCAAACCUAGGAGAAAAAAGAAAAAUUAAUGAAUGUUAUUCUGUGGAGAGUGCUAAGAAGCCACGGGUUGUAGGAGAUAUUCCUAUUGAACUGAUCAAUGAAGUGAUGUCAACUAUUACAGAUCCAGCAGCAAUGCUUGGUCCAGAGCAGACUAGUUUUCUAUCUGCACACUCAGCCCGGGAUGAAGCUGCAAGGUUGGAAGAGCGUAGGGGAGUGAUUGAAUUUCAUGUGGUUGGAAAUUCCUUAAAUCAAAAACCAAAUAAAAAGAUUAUGAUGUGGCUGGUUGGCCUACAGAAUGUAUUCUCACAUCAGCUACCCAGAAUGCCAAAAGAGUAUAUUACUCGUCUAGUCUUUGAUCCGAAACACAAGACCCUUGCAUUAAUAAAGGAUGGUCGUGUGAUUGGUGGUAUCUGUUUCCGGAUGUUCCCAUCUCAAGGAUUUACGGAAAUAGUUUUCUGUGCUGUGACAUCUAAUGAACAAGUCAAGGGUUAUGGAACACAUUUAAUGAAUCAUCUGAAAGAGUAUCACAUUAAGCAUAAUAUUCUCAACUUCCUUACGUAUGCUGAUGAAUAUGCAAUUGGCUACUUCAAGAAACAAGGGUUUUCAAAAGAUAUUAAAGUACCAAAAGCAAAAUAUGUAGGCUAUAUUAAGGACUAUGAAGGAGCAACUUUAAUGGGAUGUGAAUUGAAUCCAAGGAUUCCUUACACUGAAUUUUCAGUCAUCAUUAAGAAACAAAAAGAGAUCAUUAAAAAAUUGAUUGAAAGAAAGCAAGCACAGAUUCAGAAAGUUUAUCCUGGCCUUUCUUGCUUCAAAGAUGGAGUACGACAGAUCCCCAUAGAAAGUAUUCCUGGAAUUAGAGAGACUGGCUGGAAACCAAGCAGUAAAGAGAAGGGUAAAGAACCCAAAGAUCCAGAUCAACUUUACAGCACACUAAAAAACAUUCUACAACAGGUCAAGAGCCACCAAAGUGCUUGGCCUUUCAUGGAACCAGUGAAGAGAACAGAAGCUCCUGGAUAUUACGAAGUUAUAAGAUUCCCCAUGGAUCUGAAAACUAUGAGUGAACGACUGAAGAACAGGUACUACGUAUCUAAGAAAUUAUUCAUGGCAGAUAUGCAGCGAGUGUUUACGAAUUGCAGAGAGUACAACCCACCUGAAAGUGAAUAUUACAAAUGUGCCAAUAUACUGGAGAAAUUCUUCUACACAAAAAUUAAAGAAGCUGGAUUAAUUGACAAAUAAUUUUCUUCUCAUGCAAUUAAGAUGCCUAAUUUAACAGCAGAAUAUGCAGUUCUUUCAUUAGAUUUGAAACUUGUGUUUAUUAAAAAAAACUUUCUUAACUAGCACUUUUAAACAUGUAAUAUAGAAGAGUUUAUUUUAUUAAAGUAUUUUUAAAUGUACACUUGCAUGCCCUUUUGCAGUGUAUUCAAUUUUUAUUAGAUGUAUUGCACAAACUGUUUGGAGAUUUGGAAAGGGUAAAUUUCCAAGCAGUGAAUAUUUAAGCUUAAUGUAUCAGACUGAAAAAUGGCUUUUUAUUUUUACAGCAAAGAAUUUAAUGAAGGGGGAAAUGAGUUAUAUAUAUAUAUUUUAAUGAAAUAUUCAGCUAAGAGAAGGUGCUAUGAGAGAGAAAGAACUACUUUAAGCUAUAAGAAUGGAAUUCCCUUACAGGUAGUCCUUGACAUACGACUAUUUGUUCAGAAACCAUUUGAAAUUAUGAUGGCACUGAACGAAGGGACUGAAAACCAGUCCCUGAAGUUAGGGCUGUUGCAGCACCUCUGCAGUCACAUUAUCAAAAAAUCGGGCGCUUAGCAGCCCACCUGCACUUAGAACCACAGGGGCACUUCAACUCUCCCCACCCACCUCUCCCCCCCUAUCUAGGCCCUUUUGGCUCCCUAUACUCUGCUGCCCUAGCUGACCUUCGCUGUCUUGCUCCUGCUACUGACCAAGCACACCCAACCUGGCCCUUCACAAGGCAGCUGCUGGCCACGUCAGGUUUUCUUCCCAAGGUUGCGCAUGGCAGUUUCCUUGAGAGACCUAUGGAACAUGGCUUCAUGUGGCCAGCAGCUGCCUCAUGAAGGGCCAGGGUGAGCACGCCUUGUCAGCAGCGGGAGCAAGAAGAUGAAAGUCAGCUGGGAAAGUGGAGCACAGGGCGGCAGGGGCCUUGGAGUGAAGGGUGGUAAGGGUGACCGAGUGGGAUGGCUGGGGCUUACCAUGGUGUGGCAGCUCUGCACUGCACUGUUGGGGCUUCAUGGGGUGCGGCAGCUUUGCAUUACGCCGGUAGGCCAGUCUGGGGCUGGGCUUCAUGCAGUGCAAAGGGGCAUCCUGGCGCAGCAUGGGUCUGGGACUUUUUGCCUUUUGCAGCCCCAGAGUGGUGGUGCACCAGGAAACCCCUUUGCACUGUGCGAAGCCCAGCUCCAGCCUGGUCCAACAGUGCAGCACAAAGGGGCUUCCUUGCAUAUUACGGCUUUGGGGCUGCUAAAAGCUUGCAGCCCCAGAGCUGCAGCACACCAAGUAGCCCAAGCUGCAGCAUAUUCUUUCUCUGGCCUGCCUUAGCUUCUGCUGCACCACAGCAACCCGUCCCCCAACUCCUGCACAGCCUGCGCUAGCUCUCCCAGACCUCCCCCCUUGCGCAGCACCCCUGUGUUCUUUACUGGAAAUCCUGACUCUCCCUGCUUAACGACCCACAUCGUGGGGUUACAACAGCAACUGGGAGUGUCAUCGCUAAAUGAUGUAAUCAUGUGACAUCGCGCUAUAUGACUGCAUUGCCUAGCAACAGAAAUUCCAGUCCCAAUUGUGGUCAUAAAUCAAGGAUUACCUGUAUAGGGUGCAUGUUAAACUUCCUAUAUGAAUUUGAUUCUUAGCAUUUGCAUUUCAAGGAAAAUGUAGCAUUAUUCUGACUUAGGUCAAGUUCUGAAAAGGACAACAAAGUCUGUUGAUCCAAACUGUUGCUUAGUCUUUUGGUAGAGUGAAUAAAUUUAAAACAAUACUAUUUCUACUAUUGAACCCAGUCUAGCAAUAGCUUUGUCUUUAUAGAUUUGUAUGGACCUUUAUGCAUGAAAGCCAUUUUGCCCUCAAAAGUACAAUUGGUGCUGCAAUGGAUGGGUGGAAUGGACAAGAGUUUGGAUUUUCAUACAGGGCUUAGCCCUGGGUAUAUUAUAUAUUGAUUGAUGCACAUACACCUAAAGGAUACGUCCCUAAAGAACGUGCAUUUAACUGCACAAUGUGAUCAGUAGUACCUGAUAGGAAACCACAUCUAAUCUUAAUUAGAUGGGAAUAUCUCCCCCACUUAAAUAUAGCAGGUGCUGAUAUACCCAAUUUUUUCUCACAGCUAUUUGCACAUUGCAAAGUGGUAGUAGACUUAAACAUACUUUGAAUAUAUGCCCUGAAGUCUGAAGUCAUAACUAACAAGAUUUGAUUUUAGUGGUCAAUUCAGAGCUUGACUGCAUCCAGUCCAAUGCCAUGUUGCCUACAAUUUGCAUUUGGCCAUAGGUGACAUGUUAUAAAAGCAGGUUUGCGUAUACUCUUAUCCCAUUAUUAACAUAUAUUAACUUCCACACAGACUGAUACUAUACUAGUUUAUUAAAAUUCUAUAAUAAAAUUCCUAGAAUUUUAUUAAUCCCAUAUAUUUUUGAGUUGUUUCUUAUACUAUACAUAAGAAAUAAACUUCAUUUGAUGUGAAUAGUUUUUAGGGAAGCCAUACUCAUUAACCACUCAGUUCAACAGUGUAUCUCACAACACUGGAGGGGAAAGUAAGAUACCUCUAGUAUAUAUAUUGAAAAUUUACUGAAAUCUCAUAUAGUCUGUUCAUGCUGAAAUAUUUCACUGGUAAACUUGCAGACAGUAACAAACUACAUUACAGAAGGUUUUUUUUUCCCCGGCACAAUGCCUAUAGUAAUGUUUAUUCUGAUUAGUUGAGCCUUGCUAGAAGGAAAUGGUACAAAAUAAAAUGGUAAUAUAGAAAUGCCUUAGUGCUUUAUAUAAAUCAGAAUGGGCUUUGUAUUUAAGGUACAAUGAUGCAAACUUUGUUUUAGAAUAUUUAAAUAGUAAUUUUCAAGUAUUUUGUAAACUGGGCCAACAGAAUCACCUCUAAAGCUUGAUAUCCUGUGAAAGUGUUAUUUUCAAAGAUUCUUAUUGUCUUGAAAUUAGAGUCUCUUCUAUAUUGAGAACAUUUUGGUUUCUAAUUUAAAGAUUAUUUUCAUAGAUAUUGUGCAAUAAAGUUAUAUACAGUACGUGUUUUAAAUACUUUAACUGAAAUUUUACAUUUGUAAAAUUAUUUAUUGUACUGGUAUAAAAUGGUUUUAAAUUAUAUGUAUAAUAUUGAUCUUGUGUGCUAUUUUGUAAUUUGCAUAUAAAAAUACCAGACAUACUCA